AUCUUCAACCGAACGCAAACUAAAGUCGGCAAAACACUAUGUUUCGCCGCCGACUUCACAUUGAGUCGCCAAAACGAUUCAACGCCGGUUUUCUCCUUCCUCUAGCGGCGGUGUCCCCGCGGCUCGAAACCCUAAUAGCCCUAGUCGCUCCAAUGUCGAGGUCGACCAUGGAGGAGGGGAGCGGAGAAGUGGGGAGCGGCUCCUCCUCGUCGAAGCCGAAGAGUGCUCUCCACAUCGAAGGGUAUCCGAUCGAGGGCCUCUCGAUCGGGGGCCAGGAGACGUGCGUGAUUUUCCCCACCCUCAAGUGCGCCUUCGACAUCGGGAGGUGUCCACAGCGAGCCAUAGCUCAGGAUUUCGUGUUCAUCUCCCAUGGACACAUGGAUCACAUUGGAGGGCUCCCCAUGUAUGUUGCCACACGUGGUUUGUAUAGCAUGAAACCCCCAACUAUAUUUGUUCCAGCAUCUUUGAAAGAAAAUGUGGAGAGACUAUUUGAUGUGCACAGGGCAAUGGACCAAUCUGAACUGAAGCACAAUCUUAUAGGCUUGAACAUAGGUGAAGAGUUUCAAAUAAGGAAGGAUCUCAAAGUGAAGGCUUUCAAAACUUACCACGCCAUACCAAGUCAGGGUUAUAUAAUAUACACAGUUAAGCAGAAACUCAAGCAGGAAUUCGCCGGUCUCUCAGGAAAUGAGAUCAAGAACUUGAGGUUAUCAGGUGUGGAGAUAACUAACACGGUGACAAUACCUGAAAUUGCUUUUACUGGAGAUACUAUGUCGGAUUUCAUUGUUGAUCCAGACAAUGCUGAUGUGUUAAAAGCACGGAUUCUUGUCAUGGAGAGUACUUUUGUUGAUGAUGGCAUUCCAAUCGAACAUGCAAGAGAUUUUGGGCACACGCAUCUGUUUGAGAUAGCAAGUUAUGCUGACAAGUUUCAAAAUAAAGCCAUUCUUCUGAUUCAUUUUUCUGCUCGUUAUCGGCCAGAGGAAAUUGAGGCAGCAAUUGCUAAGUUACUUCCAUCUUUUUCCAGUAGAGUUUUCGCUCUGCUGCAAGGUUUUUGAUGGCGCCACACCGAAUGCAGAUCUAUUGCAAUGUAGAACGAAACAGUCUUUUUGUUUAAACGGCUCCUAAUUAGUUUGUAUAUUAGACCCUUGUGGCCUCUUAAAACUGUACUUUUCUUCCGUUUGUUCUUUUUUAUUGCAAUAUUUGUCGUUACUCAAGAACAAAAGAAGAAUAAAGGAACAAAAAAAAAAAAAGGAUGGCUGCUUCAAAUUC